AUGAUGAAUAUGAAAGUUGUUUUGUUCAGUUUCUUGCUCUUUGUCAUAAGAAGCAAUAUCAUUAUUAGUUGUAAAAAAAAUGAAAAGAACAAUGGUGUUGAUAUGAAAGUUUUGAAUAAUUAUGAGAAUUUAUUUAAGGUAGUUAAAUGUGAAUACUGUCAUGAAAAUACAUAUGUUAAAGGAAAGAAACCUUACUCAGAUCCUCAAUGUGCUGCUAUAAAAGAAGAAUGCAAAGAAUUACUUAAGCAAAAAGAAUACACUGAUUCAGUUACUUAUUUAAUGGAUGGAUUUAAAUCAGCAAAAAAUUUAAAAAACAAUGAGAAAAAAAGUAACACUGAAGAAAUGAAAGAUUUAGUAAAUUUUUUACAAUCACAUAAGAAAUUAAUUGAAUCAUUAAAAAAAAAUAUUGAAACCAUACAGAAUAAAAAAUCCUUAAUUCAAAAUAAUAAAGCAUAUAAUCCAUUAUUAGUUAGUUUUAUUAAAAAAAUGAAUCUGUUAAAAGACAAUGUUGAAUUUAUUGAAAAGAAUCAAGAUUUAUUUAAAGAAUUAAUUGAUCAAAAUAAUUAUUCCAACUCUGUUGAUAACAAAAAAAAAAACUUUUCUUUAAAAUCACAAGGUAAUAAAAAAGAAACCUCAGAAAAUGAUGAACAAGUAAAUGAUGAAGAUGUAAAUGAUGAAGAAGAAGUAAAUGAUGAAGAAGAAGUAAAUGAUGAAGAAGAUGUAAAUGACGAAGAAGUAAAUGAUGAAGAUGUAAAUGACGAAGAUAACAAUGAUAAAUCAUACGAAUUAGGUAGUGUUCCAGUUGAUGAUUUAUUAAAUUCUAAUAUGAAAAAUAUGAUUAGAGGAGAAAAUUUUAUGGAUGUUGUAAAAAGUACAUUAGCUCAAACAGGUGGAUUAGGAAGUAAUGAUUUAACAAAUUUCUUAAAUAAAGGUAAAGAAUUAGGAGAGACAUUUUCAAAAAUUACAAAUAUAAAAUUAGGAGAUGUAAGUAAUCUUGAAGAAUUUUCUUUAGAUCAAUUAGAUAUAUUCAAAAAUAAUUUAAUAUCAUAUGAAUUCAUAUUAGAACAAGUAAAAACAACUCUUUUAAAUAAAUUAAAAGAUUUAUUAUUAAGAUUGUUAUAUAAAGCAUAUGUAUCAUAUAAAAAAAGAAAAGCUCAAGAAAAAGGACUACCAGUACCUUCAGAGGCAACUACUAAUGAAGAAUAUGUUGAAGAAUUAAAAAAAGGUAUUCUAGAAAUGGGUAUUAAAUUAUUAUUUAGUAAAGUUAAAAGCUUAUUAGGAAAAUUAAAAAAUAAAAUGUUUCCUAAGAAAAAAGAAGAAAAUCAAGAAACAAAUACAAAAGGUGCAGCAUCAGCUAAAGUUAAAGCACAACCAGCUCUUAGAGGUGUAGAACCAACUGAAGAUUCUAAUAUUAUGAACAGUAUUAAUAAUGUUAUGGAUGAAAUUGAUUUCUUUGAAAAAGAAUUAAUCGAAAAUAAUAAUACACCUAAUGUAGUUCCACCCACACAAUCAAAAAAAACAAUCGUAUCAGGUAUGGAUGAACAUUUUGGUAACCAUCCUGAAAAUUAUAUUAAAGAAGAAUAUUAUUAUGAUGAAAAUGAUGAUAUGGAAGUUAAGGUAAAAAAAAUCGGUGUCACAUUAAAAAAAUUUGAACCUCUUAAUAAUGGAAAUGCUAGUCAAACCAUUAAAUUUGUUCAUGUAGGAAAUAAAGAUCAAAAACACAUGGAAGCUAUUAACAAUGAUAUUCAAGAUAUCAAAAAAGAAUUACAAGCCAUUUAUAGUGAACUUAUCAAUACUACAAAUGAAAAAAAACAAGUUCAAGAAUUAUUUCAAGAAAAUGAAGAAGAAAUGCAAAAAGAAGUUGAAGCUAUCAACAAGCAAAUAGAAGCUGAAGUUGAUGCACUCGCAUCAAAAAAUGAAGAAGAACAACAACAAGAACAACAACAAGAACAAGAAGAAGAAGAAGAAGAAGAAACUGUAACAGAAGAUUCUACAACAACUGAAGAAUCAACUAAUUAA